CUUUUUCAUUUCAAUGUAAAAAUAAAUAAUUUAUUUUCUCUUUCAUUUUUAUCUUCUCAAAUUCACACUCUCAAAUUCUUCACAAUCACUCUCAUUCUCUCACAGAAUUCAAAGUUUCGAGUGAGAACGUGUGUUGUUGGAAUUUGGCAGUAUGGUGGCUCAAAAGUCUUGUCGAUGGAAAUGUGUACUAAUUGUCGGGUUACUGAGCGUGGUGAAAACAUAUGGGUUUUAUGUUAAUAUUACUUAUCUCGACAGUGCAGUGGAAAAAGGAGCUGUUUGUUUGGACGGUAGCCCGCCUGCAUAUCAUUGGGACGUGGGAUUUGGUGUCGGUAUCAACAACUGGUUAAUACACAUUGAGGGAGGAGGAUGGUGUAAUAAUGUCACUACUUGCCUUACACGUAGUAGAACCCGUUUAGGAUCCUCAACCCUAAUGGCGGAACAAGUUGCUUUCUCGGGGAUUUUAAGUAAACAGCCAGAGUACAACCCUGACUUUUAUAAUUGGAAUAGGAUCAAGGUCAGAUACUGUGACGGUGCAUCCUUUACCGGUGAUGUUGAAGAAGUCAAUUCAACAACUAAACUUCACUUUAGAGGAGCAAGAAUAUUCCGUGCAGUCAUAGACGAUUUGUUAGCCAAGGGAAUGAGUAAUGCCUCAAACGCCAUUCUCUCUGGCUGUUCAGCUGGUGGAUUGACAUCCAUAUUACACUGCGAUAACUUUAAAGCACUCUUAUCUACAACAACCACAGUGAAAUGUCUCGCCGAUGCUGGUUAUUUCAUUAAUUCGCGGGAUAUCUUUGGAACAAGACGCCUUGAGGCCUUUUAUGAUGAUGUAGUCAAUACACAUGGAUCUGCCAAAAGUUUGCCUCGAUCUUGCACUUCCAAGAUGAAUAAUAGUUUAUGCCUUUUUCCUGAAAACAUGAUCCAAGAACUAGAAACACCAAUAUUUCUAAUAAAUGCGGCCUAUGAUUCAUGGCAGAUAAAGAAUGCAUUGGCUCCAGGGAUUGUUGAUCCCCAUGGUACCUGGCACAACUGCAAAGCUGAUAUUGAGAGGUGUUCAUCUUAUCAAAUUGAAAUCAUGCAAGAAUUCAGGAUGGAGUUCUUACGUGCAUUGGAUGCAUUCUUUGGUACCUCUUCACCAAGAGGGAUGUUCAUCAACUCUUGCUAUGCCCAUUGCCAAACUGAAAUGCAAGAGACAUGGUUGAUGAAUGAUUCCCCCUUGUUGAGUAAUACGACGAUUGGAGAAGCAGUUGGAAACUGGUUUUAUGAGCGGAGUCCAUUUGAAGAGAUAGAUUGCCCUUACCCCUGUGAUAAAACCUGCCAUAAUCGUAUAUUUGGAUAAUAAUCAUACACAUUUGCAUUCUUUGGAUCACCAAUCACUCAUUUAUACGCAGAUAUAUCCCAAGCCUAUUUUUGGGUCCCGAAAACAUGCAAGAAACCACAUGGUUUGUUGAGUUUGGACAGGUAAUUGUAGCUGAAAUUGAAGCUCAAGAUGUCACCAAUGUAUACAAGGUGUAAUUGCUAUAUUCUUUAUUGAUCAUGUAAUUUACCUAGAAUAUUUUUAGGGGCCUAUUUACGAUUUUACAUUGUUCAUUGUUGACCCUUCAUUAAUUUAGCGAUCUUGUUUCAUUUA